AUGGAAAAGGCGCAGCUUUAUCAAGAGGUUCUCAAUGAGCUUUCAGAAUUCUUUAGUCACUAUCAAAACCUUAGUGAUAUAGCUAUCAUGACCACAAUCUCCAGUGUUAUUCAUAUGAAAUUCCCUCAGCUUGUUUUUGUUGGAUUUUAUAUUACUCGUGAAGCCAAUGCUGUGAAGUAUAGUAAUUGCCCGAGGAUGGCGCUAUCUUGCGCCAUCCUCGGGCAAUUCAAAAAUGGCCCCACACCGGGAAUUGAACCCACGUGUGGGGCCAUUUUUGGUAUGUGGAGAACAUCGACUUCCACGCACCAAAAAUGGCCCCUCACGUCCCGGUGUGGGGCCAUUUUUUUAAAUUGCCCGAGGAUGGCGCAAGAUAGCGCCAUCCUCAGGCAAUUACAAUACCUCGAAGUCGGCCCAUACCAAGGCAAAGUUCUAGCUUGUGCCAAAAUUGAUAUAGGAAAUGGUGUCUGUGGGACUUCUGCCCAAAGAAAACAAACUAUUGUUGUCGAAGACGUACACAUUUAUAUAUAAAUUAUUCUACAAUAAUAAGAAUAAUGAAAUAUUUUUUAAUUAAAUAUAAGAAUUUUCCUUUUUAAGCUCAAAAAUAUUAUUAUUAAAGACUAUAAAUAGAUUCGAGACUUAUAUUGCUUGUGAUUGUGCUUCUAAAAGUGAAAUUGUUGUCCCAGUUCUCCAUAAUGAUGAGGUCACAUCUGUUUUAGAUAUAGACAGCGAUGUGCUGGGGUAUUUUACAGAAGUUGAUAAAGAGUGGCUGGAAAGGAUAAUCAGUUCUUUUCUAACUAAUUAA